UGGAGUAGUGUUUUUUUUUUUUUUAUGGCAGCCUUUUUAACACAACAGGAAAUUCAUAGCUCGCUGUAUUUAAUAACCAUAAGAAAGGCUACAUUCCAGUUAGGUGUGGUUGUGCAUACAGUAUGGCUUAUUGAAACACCCAAAGGGAACAGAGGUUCCGCCUACUUUAUCCGUGGGGGACAAAUCAGCAGCGAGAAAAUAAGUACGUUACACUAGAGCUAACCAAUCCGGUUCGACCUUGUAAGAGGGGGCACUUCAGUUUGGAGUAGCGUUGUUCACUCGUAACCGACACAAGUAGUAAGAGCUAUGUCUCCAGAGGAUGAGCUCCUAAGCCCCCCCCUUGGUUGCAGCUCUACCAGGGAGGAUGUCACUCUGAGCUGUGGUGAUUUAGCUAGCUCUCAUGAGCUGGGGAGAAGGAACAGAGCACGCAGCAUCCUCCACACAGAAACCCCAGAGGCUGACAUUAAUUGUCAUGGAGACUUUGCCUAUGGAAAAAGUCCUUUACUGAAAACACUGAUGGAUGCAGAAGCAGCUGCCAACUCUGCUGCCAUACAACUUGUGUCUUUUAAAGAUGCCAUUGAAGAUGAUUUUGCUGAUUCAAGACAUUUGGCCGUUGAUAAGCGCAGAAUUGCAAGGCAAAGAGGACUUUUGCUGGAGAAGUUGGAGGAUUUUAGACGAAUAAAUAAGUCUGUUCGACAGAAACUGAAACAGCUCCAAGAUGUAGAGGCUGAUCAAAUUGAAGCCAACCACCAAACUGACAUCUUAUUGAAGAAGAUCACACAGGCUGAGAGUGAAAAUGAGAAAUUAAAAAGAGAUUUGAGUGAGACAGAAAGAAAAGUUGAGGAACUGAUGGAUCAGCGGAGAGAAGAGCAGGAGAACAUAAAGAGUGCGGUUCACAUGACCAAGUCUGUGGAGGCGACUCGUGCUCACCUGCAGGGGCAGCUUCGCAACAAGGAAGCCGAAAACAAUCGCCUGACCGUACAGCUACGGACUGUGGAGAGAACGCUGUUCGAGCAAAAGAUGGAGAUUGAUGAUUUGAAAGGCUCCAUCACCUCUUUGACUGAGAAGGCAGCGCAGGACAAAGAAUGUCUCAAGAAAGCCACCCGAGCACAGAAAUUGAGAGCUGAGAGAUUUGAAGCCGCUAUUGAGAAAUGCUAUGCGCAAUUGAGGGAAAAGGAUGCUGAGCUGGCCAACGCCCGUUUAGAAAGAGACUCCAGGAGACGGCAAAAAGAGCGGGAGGAGGAUGAGAAAGACAAACUUGUAUCUUAUACAGAGUUGUUGAAAAGUCAAAUUGCAGACAUGACAGCGAGGCUGCAGAAGGAGAAGGAUGAGCUCACCGCAGCUAAUGAAACUGUGAUGCAACGGCUUGAAAAACUCAGCACUGAAAAUGGAGACCUCAACGUCAAUAAUGCAGCACUCAAGGUAUCCAUUGCUCAGUUUGAGCAGCAGUUGGCUGAUAGUGAGUCCGCCCUGAUAGAGGAAAAGGUUGUGUCUCAGGAGAGGAAACAUCAGGCCGAACAGUGCCAACAUCAGGUUGCAGAGUCUCAAGCUGAGUUAGAUGAUCUGAGGAUAAAAUAUGCAAAUCUUUUAAGGGAGACAGAGAAGACACGAGCUGGAAAAGCUACAGAAGUUGAGAAGGUGAGACAGGAGCUGCAGGGGCGUGUGGACGAACUGAAGUCUUACCCUGAGUUACUGAGUGCAGCUGAGCAGAGUCUCUUUGAGUGCCAGGAGAACCUGCGACGCUCGGAGAGGAAGUGCUCAGAAAAGUCAGAGUCCGUUAGGCAACUGCAGGUUAAGAUGGAGAGUCAGACACAAUUGCUGAGAUCAUCUGUGGAGAUUAAGGAGGCCACCCAUGAUGCCAAUUUACAACUACAGGAGAAAGUGAAUUUUCUCCAAAAGAAAAUGGACGAGCUGCAGCUGGAGAACCUGGAGCUGGUACGGAGGCUCGCAGCACAGGAGGAAGGUCUGAGCUACAGUAACCGGCAGCUGGAGCUGCGCUCGUCAGACUGCCAGGCCCUCAGCCGGCAGCUGGAGGCAGCUCUAUCAGACGUCAAACAACAGGUCAACAAGGUAAAAAACAAGGCUGUUGGCAGAGAAGAGGCUCUUCAGACCAAAAUCUUGGAGCUGGCAGCAGACAAGAGCAGAAGGGAUAACGAGCUGAGGCUCCUUCGCCAGAGCAAGCUCACCGCAGAGAAACAGUUUGAGGUGCGUCUGAAGGACCUGCAGCUCAGCCUGGACCAAUCAGAGAGCCACAAGCAAAGCAUUCAGAACUACAUUGAUUUCCUCAAAAACUCUUAUACGACAAUGUUUGAUGAGGGAUUGCAAAGAUCAAGUUUUGGAUCGUCAUAUUUUCUAAAAUGAUUAAGGAUUUAUUUGUAUUCAUUUAUUUAUUUUUUGUGUACUGUAAUAUGUAUAUGGGCUUUUUUUUAAAAGGAACGGAGGCAAUAAUUUGGUUAUUGACGUUCUACAUUUAGCUGACAAUAAUCUGGGACUUUCUUCCCCCAGCCCCCACCCCACCCCCCUUGUUGUGCAAGGUUUUAAUAUUGUUUUUUAGCUGAUGGCCCAAAAAACAUUACAUGAUAUUCUUACGUGUGUGCUAAUAUUAGACUAAGAACUCUUGGUGCUACUGUCUCUUAUUACCAUACAGCAGCCAGUUGCAAAAAAAAGACAAGUCUAUCUACUUGUUGUUAUAGCAACAUAUGUGAUGAGCUGUGAGUUGGUAACCUAAGAUUUGCUGCUUUUCCAGGGUUUUUUAUCACUUUAAAGUGAAUACAUUUGGGUUUUGGACAGUUGGUCAGAUAAAACAAGCAAUAAAGAUGUCACGUUGGGCUCUGAGUAACUGUAACAGGCAUGUAUUCACUAUUUUCUUAUGUGUCAUAGUCUAAAAUAAUAAAUCAAAAACAUAAAAGGGGCUUCCAGCUGGAGAAAAGUAAUGUGCCACUAGGUGGAAGUGUUUUGUUAGCCAAUCUUUUCUUCUGUCAAGUGUCUCAUUUUACCCACAAUGCACUGUGCAUCAGUCUUACCUAAGUCACUGCUAAAUGGGAUCCAUUCAACAUAAAAAUGUUUGUGUCUGUUUGAAGAUUGGC